UCAAUUCAACGUCCAUUACAGGCGAAAAAGUAGAAACAUUAGACUCUAGAAACAUCUGGCCAAACCAUGGCCAUUAAGUAAAGUUUAUAAUCGGAGGAAAUGAAAGGGUUAGUUUGCACUGACGUCAGGAAGAAUGGGAUAAGAACCGUUUCCAUUCGCCAGUCACUUACACAGGGCGGUUAAACGCACCGGUUGUGCGCGGCUGCUGUUUAUGUUACGCGACUUCCUGGUGUUCUUUGUAGUAAACUUCGAAGAUUUGGACUGCUGUGUAGUGUCCUCAGGCAACUUUUCGUGAUUUCUGUGGAGAAAAUGGCUAAGUAAGCGAGAAUGGAGCAGCGGGGUAAAAAGACUCGAAUGUUCCACUACCGAAAAUGAGACUGACAGCUGACGCUCAUACCGACAGUAACUUCGGAAAUAUGAAUGUUUUGUACUGAAUGCGAUAUCCUCACCCCCAUUUUAUCAGCUGAUCCAUCAUGAAAAAGAGAACACGUCGCACGCUAGAUCAGGACGAUCCUCUGUGUUGUUGCGAGUACAUUGAUCGUCACGGCGGACGCAGUCACGUGGCAGCAUGUUGCUGUGACUGUGAGGAUUUGGAUGAGGCUUGUGACCGAUGGAUGACAAAGAAGCCUCAAAAUCCAGACUCUCUGUCUCGGGUUAUGGCCACGGUCAGUGAUCGUCUACGGGUGCCUUGGAUAUCCGGAGCCCGACAAGUUGAUGUAUCAGUGAUCCCUCCUCUCAUUCUACUUCCUGUUUUUUUGCACAUCGCAGCUUUGCACUACCUGCUGGGUAUUUUAGUCCUGACAGCGGUACCCGUCUUGGUCCUGUGGUACUACUAUUUCACUCACCGAAAGAAAGGACGCACAUUAUUCUUCCUCAGCCUCGCGCUCUUCUCCCUCUUCUACAUGUUCUACCUCUUUGUCUCCAAAGUGGUUCCUCGAGGUGAUGUGAAUCAUCUGCAGUUGGGUGUUGUGACGGCGGGCGUUGCUCUAACGGUCAUUUUCCUCAUAAUCACUAAGAGGGGGCCCGGAUACGUCAGGCCUCGUUUAAAUGACACUCAUAGUACAGUGACCUAUCACAAACCUCCACCUGACGUAGAUGCCGCCUAUCUAAACGGAGCACAGCACCAGGUGGUGAUAGCCAAUUGUGAACAAACUGAUGAGUCUGGGACAGAACAGCAGGGUGUUCAGAAGAGAAACUGGUGCGCUGUAUGCAAAGUGGUGCGCCCCCCGAGAGCGGGACACUGCAGGAUUUGUGGAGUCUGCAUCCUGCGUCUGGACCACCACUGUGUCUGGAUCAACAGCUGUGUGGGGCAGGCCAAUCACCGCAAUUUCAUUCUGACACUUGUUUUCUUUCUGCUGACAUCGCUGUAUGGGAUCAAUUUGGUUCUUCGAAGCGUGUGUCCUGAUCAGAAUGUAAUGACUGCACUGUUCUACUGUCCUGGCGUCUACAACCAGUUCAGCUCCGCUCUGUGUUUCACCUGUGCCUGGUACAGCAGUAUCGUAACAGGAGGUUUGCUGCACCUGCUGCUCUUACAGCUCAUCAACGUCAGCUUCAACGUGACCGAACGAGAGGCGCGUCUGGCUCUGAGAGAGAAAACCGCUCGCAGCCGCCUCUGGGGUCUCAUCAUCGACACCGGCGUUUACUCAAGAGGCUUCCGCAGUAACUGGAUUGAAUUCUUGACCAUGAGCAAAACAUCAGAGCCAUCGAACCAUAAACCAUCAGACCUGGUGUAGAAAUUCAACUGUCCACCUCUGCUAAUGGAAAACAAUCAGUCUUUAAAGUGAAUUAUCACUCAUAUAUAGUACAGUGAAGUAUAAUGUUGUGCUACAUAAUGCCUUCAACAUCCAUUCCAGAGUCAGUUUUAUGGCUCUAAACAUUGUGCUCAAGGUCUCAUCAAGUUGAAUUGUGUGGAUCACUAGAUGGCAGUGUUGUAGUACGUUACAUCGCUACCAGUGUAUUUCAACAUCAAGUACCCCAUUACUCAGGUGUGGUUAGUGUUUACACAACUUUAUUAUAUUAUGAUUAAUAUUAAGAAUUAAUAAGAAUGAAUACAUUAAGUAUUAAGUAAAAUAUUGAUUGUCUCCAUUAUUUAUUUAUUUUAUUUUUUCGAAAUAUAUUUUUAGUCAUUUCAAACAGAGGGAAACGUGUAUAACUUGCCUUUACAGUAGUUUAAAAAAAGAUAAAUGUCUAUUUAAAUAAAAAAAUCAAGCAUUUCACUGCUAGCUGUCUAAUAUUUGUUCUCUCGACUCCAAAGUGUCUCUUAUACAUGAAUGCACAUUCAGUAUCAAGCCUUAUUUAGUGCCUUUUUGGGACACCAGAAGUGAUGCAACACUGCCAUCGCUGUAUGAAUGUUUUAUAUGAAGCUUCAUAUUUGUUAUUCGAGGUCUUUGUGCCUGUGUAUUUCUUUUCAUGUGUUUCAACUGGGGACUGUGGCGCGUACCAUUUUGAUGUGCAGGAAUUAUCGCAGCCUUUUUGAAUCAAAGUUGGUUUCCUUUCAUUACACGCCUUCUAAAGAAACCGCUAAAGAAGCACUUGAGAAUCCGGAUGUUUGUUUGUCUCAUGUGAGACGGUUUUGUAAUGUAAUGCAUUCCCAUUAUACAAGUUGUUCAAUUAAACUGUACCGUGGAAAAAUAAACAAGUGUAAACUGAUUAAACACGGCGGCUCAUCAAGCUGCAGAUGUUUUCAAUGUCAUUUCGACGAUGUCUAUGUGUGCAGUUAAAGAGGAUUUA